UCGGCCAUGUCAGCGGCCCGCGGCUGUGGCUGCAGCCCGGCCGAGCUGCAUGCGACCGAGUGCCCGACUGGAGCAGCGAGCAUGCGUCUUCUGAGCGACGGAGGGCACGGUCGCUAAUACCAAUAAUAAUAACAAUAGAAACAAGAAUACAGCAGCGGCAGCUAGGGGAGUAAGAAAAAAUAAAUAGGGAGCAGCAACAAUAGCAACGGUGGUUUGGUUGGUGGUGGUGCAGUGGUAUUGGUAAAUAUUGUGAUGGUGGUAAUACAGUGCAGGGGCUAUUGUAGGGAUUAAUGCGCUAAUAAUGAUAAUGUGCUGAUUACAAUUAAAGUGUUAAAUUAACGAGGGAUCGGCACCACUAAUUGUGACGAAUUAACUUAUUUUAUUUGACUAAAUGAUAGCUGUAUUUUUUACGGGAGGGCAGCCGAUAUAAAAUGCAGUAAAAUAUUGUAGUGUUUUAUUAUAAUACAGCGAAAUCAAUGAUAAAAUAAACAGUAAAUUAAUUAGUACGUAAUACACAUAGUAUUGCUAAUUUUUAAUACAGGUACUAAUAACAUUCCGAAUAGAGUGGCAGUCGUGAAAAUUUUAAAUAGUGAUAUAUUGGUAAUUCUAUUAAUACAUAAUAGCUCUAUUUAAAAUGCAAUCAUGGAUAUACUCAUUACAGUAAACAGUCAUAGUAUACAUUAAAUAUAAUUACCUGGAUCUAAUUUAUGGUAUAUACAAUAUAGCCCAUAAAUUUAGUAAUAAUAAUUCAUAUUGUUACAAAUUUUGUUAUCUAUUCCCAACCAAUACAAAAUCUCGUUUCAAUCAUAUACUUUAUUUUUUAUUUUCCACCUCUGACGUGGUGACUGCUAUUUAUAAUCCAUUUGCAAUUCUCAUUGUUGUCUAUUGUUAUUGCGGCUAGCCUGGUAGAAAUAUAUAACAGCAAACGAAAAAUAGAUUUCACCAACGUGGUUACACGAAUCACCACCAAUUCGGUUUAGUGGAAAUCCCCAAAAAAAAACAUUUAGCAAAUUGCAAUUUGUUUUAUUCUCUCAUUUUUCCUCCGGUUUUUUUUCUCGAUACAGAUACAGUGUGAGAGAGAGAGAGAGAGUAGCGAUUUGCAUGGUUUUGUAGCGGUGGGGUGCUCUUUAUUUAUCAAUCUCCCUGCCUUGCUCCCCAUCUAACACCGCGACCGACCGACCGACCGCUCAUCGUCACCGGUGAAGACGACGAGGAUAAGAGAAGCAAGAAGAGCAGGAGGAAUAGGUUAGACCCGUAGCGCAAUGGAAGGAGGAGGAGGAGACAUCGCAGCAGCAGCAGCCGCCUUGGAGCAAUGCGAGCUGCUGCAGAACAUGAUUGAGAUCAGCCUCGCCAGCCUCGAGGGCUUGAGGACCAAGUGUGCCACCAGCAACGACCUCACGCAGAAGGAGAUGCGGACCCUGGAGGGAAAGCUGGUGAAGUACUUCAGUCGGCAGCUGUGUUGCAAGCAGAGCAUCUCCAGCGCAGAAAGAGACCCUCGGCUGGAGGAGUUCCCGAGUCUCCACCACUGGCUGCGAAUUGUGGGACUGCACGGUCACGUCAUGCAGGAACUAUUGUCUGAAGGAGACAUUUCGCUGGAGUGCCUCCUACCCAUGACAGAGGAAGAAGUGCGGGAGACUGUGAAGACGUGCGGAGGCAGUAUGGAAGAGUGCGCCAGGCUGAUUGCUGCCCUCACUUGUCUACGCAAUGCCCACCAGUGUGGCGGCAGCGACUCCAAGCAGGAGUGGGUAAUCUCUUGGCCCGCGAAGGAAUCUCCCACAACUUCGGGUUCCUCCCCCGAGGGAUCUCAGCGAUCGUCGCGCGGCGAGCUGCCGCUCCUGCCGGCCUCAGACUCGGGCAUCCAUGACGACUGUGGGCAGGGCGACUCGCUUGCCUCCUUGCCGUCCUCACCCAGCCUGAUGCGGGGCCGCCGCCUGCCCACGCCCACGCCGCCAGAAACCCCACCACUCAGCGACACCAUGGCCACGCCGCCCUCGUCGUCCACGCCGGCAACGCCCGCGACCCCUCCGCCACCCCUAGGCGUGAAGAACAAGAGGUCGAAGGCGAGGAAUAUGCGGCCACCCGGCACACCCCCGCCGCCGGUGUCACGCAAGCUGGUGCACCUCCUCCCCGGCUUCCAGACCUUGCAUCGCAGCAAGUCGCAUGAGUCUCAGCUCGCGAACCGGAUAGAGGACGUGACCAACAUGCGAGGUUCCAAGAAGGCGCGCCCUUUCCUGAACCCGGCAAUUCAGGGUGGAGCGGGGAGCUGCGAAAACUUGCCCAUGCAUCCCCGUGUUCCGAUAAACCCUGCAGAGCGGCUGGCGCGCCAGGCUUGUGGCUGCGCCCCUUACACGCCCACCACCCCACCCAUCUCCGACGAUCCUCCCCAGAACACACUGACGGUACCGCGAUGGUCUCCCCAGAAUGCACGCAGGGACUUUGGAAACUCAAUAAAACACAGAUUUUCGACCAAAUACUGGAUGUCACAGACCUGCAUGGUGUGUGCGAAGGGAAUGCUGUUUGGCGUUAAAUGUAAAAACUGCAAGUUAAAAUGUCACAACAAGUGCACAAAGGAAGCGCCUCCGUGUCGUCUGCUAUUUAUACGCCCGGGUUUAAAGCGCACAGAGUCUGUGCCCUGCGACAUGAACAACAGACGUCCCCAUCGUAUGGUUGACUUGCAUCAGAGCAAGACGCUGCCCAGAGAGAAGCAGGACCAGAUUUCGGUGCCUUACCAGCCGGACUCCAGCAGUAACCCAUCAAGCACCACCUCAUCCACGCCCUCCUCACCGGCUCCACACCUCAUCUCCAACCCCCCGAGCGCCACGCCGCCCUCUCCCUGCCUCCACCCGUCACCACAAGCCGUGCGCCACGCCAAACCGCACUUCAACUUCGCCGCAGCGCACUGCUUUCAACACAAGCAGCAAUUUGUUUUCCCAGAUGUGUCUCCUGAGAUUCACAAGAAAACUCCACAAGUGAUCCUUCAUCCAGUCAACUCCGACAAUGAGUCAAAUGAAAAUCAGAUUCCACCUCCUUUACCUGGAAAUCUGCCAAUACUUGAGAUUGAGGCGAGUCCUGAUCCAGAGCCACUGUCGGAUGAGGAGGAUGACCUGGAGGACCUCCCGGACGCCCUGUCGCUCCGCAACCUGCCCCGCAAGCAGAGCCAGACCACCAUCUUCCUGCAGGAGUGGGACAUCCCUUACGAGCAGCUCGCCGUCGAUGAGCUCAUCGGCCGUGGACGCUUUGGCAAAGUUUACCGUGGGCGCUGGCACGGCCAAGUGGCCAUCCGCCUCAUCGAGAUGGAGCGAGACAACGAGGCGUUUGUGAAGCUCUUCAAGCGGGAGGUGAUGGCCUACCGGCAGACGCGGCACGAGAACGUGGUGCUGUUCAUGGGAGCCUGCAUGAACCCCCCACACCUGGCUAUCGUCACGAGCUUGUGUAAAGGAAGGACAUUGUACUCUUACGUACGAGAUUCAAAAACCAACCUGGACAUCAACAAGAUUCGGCAAAUUGCGCAGGAGAUUGCCAAGGGACUCGGGUACCUGCACGCCAAAGGGAUUAUCCAUAAAGAUCUAAAGUCCAAGAACAUUUUCUAUGACAAUGGAAAAGUGGUGAUAACAGACUUCGGGCUCUUCAGUAUAUCCGGGGUCAUGCAGGAUGGCAGGAGGGAUAGCGAACUGAAGAUCCCGCAUGGCUGGCUCUGCUACCUGUCGCCAGAGAUCAUCCGCGUGCUCUCGCCAGCCAUCGAUGCAGACAAGCUUCCCUUCUCCAAGCCUGCCGAUGUCUACGCCUUUGGAACGAUUUGGUAUGAGCUGCAGGCGCGCGACUGGCCUUUUCAUGGGCAACCCGCAGAGGCUAUCAUCUGGCAGGUGGGCAAUGGGUUGAAGCCAGACCCUACGCCUGUCAGCAUGGUGAAGGAGAUCUUGGACAUUAUCUUGGCAUGUUGGUCCAACGACCCAGAGGAGAGACCGACCUUCACGCAGCUGAUGGAAAUGAUUGAAAAACUUCCGAAACUGAAUCGCCGCCGCUCGCAUCCCUGCCACUUUUGGAAGUCUGCAGAGUGA